AAAUGCAAUAAAAUGUACGCAAUGUUUGUGUCGACAGAAGUGUGAAUCACGUGUCGCGACAUUUAGUGAACGAUAAACGCCAUUAAAGGCCGAAAUGCGGACCAGAAGUGGCCAUAAAUACACCGGCGACGGAACCAAAGAGUCGUCGACCGGAACUGACAAAAGAGAGUUCAAGAGUGAAGUCAAACCGAAGCGCGAAAUCAAGAAAAAUGAAACAACGGCUCCAAAGUCGGCUCCAAGAGUGCGACGAAUGGCUAAAGAAGAGCCGAAUAACGAUCAGAAAGCAAUUGAUCCAAAGGAACAAACGGUGACCAAGAAAUCGGACGAAAAACAGGUCAAACGCGAUAUCAAGAAACAGGAAACAACGGUUCCCAAGACUUCUCCGCGAUUGAGAAGAUUGGCUAAAGAGGAAACACGUGAAGAGUCGAAGAAAGAAACGGCGAAAACAAAAGUCAAGGAAAACGAAACGAAAACGAAAGAAACGGUUCCAAAGACUGUGCGAUUGCGUAGAGGGGCGAAACAGGAGGCGAAACAGGAGGCGAAAGAGGAGGCGCCCAAAGAGGAAGAGUCUGUGAAUGAAGAAGAAGUUGAGAACAAAUGCGACGAAAAAGAAGUCAAACCGAAGAUCAAAAAGAAGGAAAUUCUGCCAAAAGUGCGAUCGCGACGAUUGGCCAAACAGGACGAGAAGGAGGAGCCAAACGACGACAAACCGGAAGAACCGACGGAACAAAAGACAAAAGACGCAAUUAUUGACGAAAAACCCGAAGAAAUCGAAGAAAUCGAACCGAUUGUAGAAACGGAAGACAAAAUCAACGAAUUGAUGGAAACAGAAGAACAAUCGUUGAAAAGGAAAUCAGAUGAAAGUGAAGCAAAAGAAGACAAUAUUGAACCGUCCAAACGACAGAAGGUUUCGCGAUUAUCUGUGCCUUCUUUGCCUCAGAUUUGUGGACAACUGUUCUCUUUGGGAAAUGUAGACGAAGGACAGACAGGAAUACGACUUAAACGCGUCGACGAACACAAGAUUCGCAAUUACGAGCCUUCGUUGGUUACGGACGAAGACGGACAAGUGAUGCGCGAAGUGGUGUCCGUGGCUUGCGGCGCAAUGCAUACUUUGUGUUUGUCUUCGGAUCAGAAGUUGUAUUCUUUUGGAUGUAAUGACGAAGGAGCGCUCGGAAGAGAUACUUCCACUUCAGAUGACACCGAAGACAGCGUUGACGUCGACUCCAGUGAAGAAGUCGUGUCUAAGAUUCCAAAACCAGUGGACGAUCUGCCGGCGGGAAUCGCGCGUCUUCGGGCCGGAGACAGUCAUUCGUGCGUUUUGUUGACCGACGGAUCGGUUUAUCUUUGGGGAAACUUUCGAGACGAUUCGCAUAAUUUGGGACUUUUUGUUGAUUCGGAAUCGGAUUCAGAAAAAACAUUUGUUUCGACUUUUCGUCCAAAACGUCUUGAAAUCGACACAAAGAUCGUUGACAUUGCUUCUGGAUGUCAUCACAUUUUGUUGUUGACCGAAGAUGGUCAUGUUUUGUCGUUCGGCGACGGAUCUAAAGGACAAUUGGGACGAAUCGAAAGAACAGAUUUAGUUAGUGUUGAAACCAAUCGCUCGCUAUUUCUCGAACCGAAACGCAUCCAGUUUCCCGAUUCGGCGCUUGUGGACGCCAUUUGGGCCGGGCAUUGGUGUUCGUACGCGCGAACAACUUCAGGUGAAGUGUACGCCUGGGGACUCAAUAAUUACCAUCAGUUGGGGUUUGAAAGCGAGGGAACGGUUGACAUUCCAAACGCUGAUCCCAACUCUUCUCACGCCUUCUUCAGAUUCACUCUCGAACUGAAACCCCGUCUUUCGCCUCAUUUGCCGACUAAUGUCCGUCAGAUAGCCAAUGGUCAGCAACAUCUGCUUGUAUUGGACUCUGAAGGACAGGUGUUUGUUUGCGGUUCUAAUCUUUAUUCCAAACUCGGACUCAAAGUCGACGAAAACGAUCCGAUCGUCAAAACUCCGCGUUCUUUGCCGACCGACGCCUUCGACGGACACAAAGUGACAUCUAUAGCUUGUGCCGACUUCAACUCGCUGGCCAUCACCGAAUCGGGUCAUUUGUAUGCAUGGGGACCAAGCGGAUCACAUAUCGGCACCGAUUCGGACGACAACGUCGAACGGCCAACUCGCGUCAAAGGACACUUCGUGGACAAGACGCGAUUCGUGGAUUUGGCUGUUGGCGCGCAACACACGGUCUUGAUUGGAAGCGCUUUAUCCGUAAACGGAGACAAAAACUAAUUUAU